UAUAAGCUGGGGCGCCGGGCCCCUCAGCACCACGACCUUUCUUCUUCAUCCUCCAGCUGUCCCAGCAGCAUGGCCUUCAGUGGCAAGUACGAGUUCGAGAGCGACAAGAAUUAUGAUGAGUUCAUGAAGUGCCUCGGACUCCCCAGUGAUGCUAUCGAAAAGGGCCGAAACUUCAAGAUUGUCACGGAGGUGCAGCAGGACGGGCAGAACUUCACCUGGUCCCAGCACUACCCGGGCGGCCACUCCAUGACCAAUAAGUUCACCAUCGGCAAGGAGUGUGACAUGGAGACCAUGGGGGGCAAGAAGUUCAAGGCCACCGUGCACAUGGAGGGUGGGAAGAUCACAGUGGAGUUCCCCAACUAUCGCCAGACCUCGGAGAUCGUGGGUGACAAGCUGGUGGAGAUCUCCACCAUCGGAGGCGUGACCUAUGAGCGUGUGAGCAAGAGGCUGGCCUGAGCAGCCAGGUGGGGCUCACAGGGGGCCCCAAAGCCACCAGGAAAGCUGGAAGAAGAA